UGCAUUAGCAUUUUAGAUGCGAAAAUAGCGUCACAACUCACAAGAAUAUAUUGGGAAUAGAAAUUUUAUAGAAUAUCCCUUAUAGCUCUCAAGAUUGUGACUUUCAAUUGGUCCCAGGAUUGGGUUUACACGCUUGGCAUCCUUCUAUGUUUUUCUGACCAUCCCCAACAAACCUUAAUUCACAAAUCAAAACAAAACCAACUGUUUUUAUUUUUCUAAACCCCACUUCCAGUCCUAUUCCUCAUCCAUUCAAUAAAUUCAUCACAGCCUAUAAAAAUACAAAAAAAAAAAAAAAAAAAAACCCAUUUAAUUUUUUUUUAAAAAUUUUAAAUUCCACCUCUUUCAUCCAUGUUAACACAUAUCUUAAUCAAGCCAACCCUGAUCCUUAUUUUUAUGCUUAUUUUCAGAUCUACGAUAUAACCAAAUGGCUAUCCAGUAAUUUAUUGGGGUUUUUUAUUUUUCUUUUCCAAAAAUCCAAAAAAAAAAAAAAUGGAAACCGAACUCAAAGACCUAAAAUCCCAACCGUCACAACAACCACCGCCGCAGCCGCAGCCGCCGCCGCUACAACCCACAGUGACAAACGACGACGUUCCGCUUCUUAAAAACUCCGAAACCCACCACAGCCACAACAGCAGCAACAGCAACAGCAACAUCAACAUCAGCGGCGACAACCUCGACGAACUCGAGAAGAAAUUCGCAGCCUACGUUCGGCAUGACGUGUACGGCAGAAUGGGACGUGGCGAGCUCCCGUUGGGCGAGAAGUUCCUCCUCGGCAUCGCGCUGGUCACGCUCGUUCCCGUGCGCGUGGUUUUGGCGAUGACUCUGUUGGUCUUGUAUUACUUGAUUUGCCGGAUUUGCACGCUGUUCUCGGCUCCGAAUCGAGAAGAAGAAGAAGAAGAAGAUGGGCAAGAAGAUUACGCUCACAUGGGUGGGUGGAGAAGAACCGUGAUUGUUCAGUGUGGGAGGUCACUCUCUAGAGCUAUGCUUUUCGUUUUUGGAUUCUAUUGGAUCAAAGAGACUAAUCGAAUUCCUGACUCCACAGCUCAGGGGAAAGAGGAGCCUGAAGAGCCUGAAAGGCCUGGGGCAAUUAUAUCAAACCAUGUGUCGUAUAUUGAUAUAUUGUACCACAUGCAUUCUUCGUUCCCGAGCUUUGUUGCUAAGCGAUCAGUGGGUAAACUUCCUCUAGUAGGCCUCAUAAGCAAGUGCCUCGGUUGUGUUUAUGUUCAGCGGGAAUCCAAGUCAUCAGACUUCAAGGGUGUUUCAGGAGUUGUGACUGAAAGAGUUAGAGAAGCUUAUCAAAAUAAAUCUGCUCCAAUGAUGAUGCUUUUCCCAGAAGGAACAACUACAAAUGGAGACUACCUUCUGCCAUUCAAGACAGGUGCAUUUUUAUCAACAGUGCCUGUGCGUCCGGUGAUUCUAAGGUAUCCUUACAGAAGAUUCAGUCCUGCCUGGGAUUCAAUAUCUGGGGUGAGACAUGUCAUUUAUCUUCUCUGUCAAUUUGUAAAUCACUUAGAGGUGGUACGAUUACCUAUUUACUGCCCCUCACAGCAAGAAAAGGAUGAUCCAAAGCUUUAUGCUAGUAAUGUUAGAAGGUUGAUGGCAAGUGAGGCCAUUGAAGUUGUUGCUGACACUGUACCACUCAAAAGGCCCAUCGUCACAAUUUCAAACAGUAGCAUAAAUCAGCCCAAACUAUAUCAAAAAGAAGAAAUUGAAGAAAGUGUUCAUUUGUUACCAUAUAUGAUUGUGUGUUUGGGUAAUUUGAUAAUGUCAGAUAUUGGGCUGCCUGAGAAGCGAGUAUAUCAUGCUGCCCUCAAUGGUUUGUUAUCCCAAUGCUAAUUCGGAUUCGCCAUCUGUAUAAUGGUUGCAUGAUUCUAUUAUUUAUAGGGGAAAAAAAUAUGAAUUGAAAAUUUAUACAGAAAAUCAACGUGUCGAGCAAGUAUUAAUAUUCUACUAUCAGUUUGACAUGUACUCAUCCAAUUUUUGAAUGCUGCUUCGGAGCAAGAGUGGCAUAUUCUAAAGCAGGCCUUUCGGACGUUUCAACAUUUUGUGGGGUUUAUAGGGAGGUUAUGGAAGGUUAUUGCUGCUGCCGAAUGUUGUUCUAUGUUAAAAAUGAGCGGGGUUUGUUUUCAAGGGACUGAGCUGGUCUCACAAUUUGCCCCAAUUAAAGUUCUCUUCGUAUAUCAAAAUGGGAAUUAUCGAUUCUUUUUAACUUGUUCGUUGUAAUUCAUUGGCUCCUGCCUACAUAUUCUUUUUGGUAUGAUAUCAUGUAUGCCUAAUUAGUAUACAUACAAUCACAUCAACUUUAACACAUUUGUAAUUGUUCUAAUUUAACUAAAUAAUAAUUCAAAUCAUUUUACCUCA